CUCAGAAUAAAGUGAUGUAAACAGACUGAGCCACACAUGUUGAGACAGCCCCAGAGCCCUUCACUGUUGCUUCACGUGCUCCACUAAGGUUAUUUGGGUGAAUUUGACAAGUGAAAUUAAUACUUAGACGAUGGAUAUGCCCAAAAAAUCUUCAUCGAAUAGUAAAAGAACGUCAAAGGAGUUAUUAUCCGUUACGGGGGAUGGGAGUUCUCAUAAUGUAGUGAAGUCUUUACUGAGAGGCCCACCCAAGACUUCUUCAGAUAACAAACCAAGAACAUUUAAGGUGGCCCGCAGUCCACUGCUGGAUCAAGUGCAAGCAUUCCUCCCUGACUUUCAGAAGUCUACCCAAAAACUCUUGGCUCAACCAAAAGAAAAACUACAAGAUAUGGAUAUAGAAAAUACUUUAGAUGAUAGUAAAGUUAUAGAGAUGAAUGUGGUUGUUGGAGAAAUGGGUCCUGACACUGAGGAUAGUGAUGAGGAACUUUUAUCAACUUCAUCAAGACAUGACAGCGAUAAUGACUCAGAAUCUGAAGCUCCAGUGAGAGGACCAGUAACUGCUUCUAACAUUAAGAUACCCUCAGAAGCCACUGGUGGGAAAAGAAAACGGAAGAAUCUCAUACAAGUGGUGUCUGAUAGUCAUGAUGAAGAGAAGUCUUGUAAAGAAGAUGACAAAUCAGACAGUGAAAUGACUGUAGCUUCUACAAGUUCAGGAGAAAGGUGAAAUUUGUAGAUUCAAGAUGUUAAGGAAAAUACACUACACUUGUUCCUCCCUGUACAUGAGUUGUUGUCAGUACACAACUUCACUCAUGUACCGGUAUGUACAGUCCUGGACGGAAGUUCUUGAUACAGUUCAGUCAAAGUGGAUGGUGCAAAGUUCGCCCCACCUUUACUGGACGGCGGGUCGUUGUCAGUGAAGCCACUCGUGAGAAAACAAAGUUUACUAGAUUUGUGACUGAAUCUUUCCAGGUAUGACAAAAUUAUAUCCAAUUACAAUUAUUUAAAUUUUAAUCAAUACAGGUACAAUUCAACCAAGUGUACAAAAUAUACAGUAUACGUAAAGUAUACACGUCCAGUAAGGGUGGGAGCGGACUUGCAUACUCCACCUUGACUGCAUCAAAAACAUCAGUCCAUAACUGUACGUUUAAUCUUUUACAGCAUAAUGUUUGUUUUUUCUUAUUGUGUAUCAUUUGGGUUAAAAAUAUGUAAUUUUUAUUUUAAUUUUUAAAAUAAUGUAAAUACUGUAUCACUUAAAUAAGUCAAAUUGUGUAUUAUUUAACUACAUGAAUGUACAGUCACUUCAAAACGUAUCUUUACGGAAGGAUCCGAUGAAUUUCAAAAUGAAUACUGCCACUCCUGUUGUCUCAGUAGGGUUGUCCAAAUCCUUCGUCGGUUGUGUCAUAUUGUCUCAUACAAAAUUGUAAAGAUACCUUUUGGAGUGACUGUACAUGUUUCCAUUUGCCUUGUCCAUGCUGUUGUAAAGUGCUAACACAUUUGGACUUUAUUGUUGCUUACCAAACAUUCUAUAAGCUUUGCAACUGAAAAUGACCCCAGGAAGAAAAAAUAAUAAUUUGUUUAUCCUACAAAGUAAAUAUGAAAUAAUUUGAAGACUCGAGAGUGGAGAGUGAACAAGAGCAACACAGAAGAUUAAAACUGCUUUGGUUUAGUCAUCUUCAACAGCUGCAAAGUUAAUGAUGAGUGAGAAGCUUGUUAUUAUAUUAAAGAAGGGUAUGCUGCCCAGGAUGUUAUGGUAGAGAUCUGUUUCCUUUUAUGGACUUGUGUGUGUGAUUUAAUGAAAUUUGGGGGAUCUGAAGGGUUAUGGACACAUGCCAUUCUCCAGGCACACAUUCCUUGUAUAAAGUAAGAGACCAGUGUAUGGACAAACACACAAGAGUAGAAAAUGGUGAAUGGAUGCUGGAAACUUGAGAUUUUAUUAAGUCCAUUAUUAUAUGCACAGAGAACACUACUAGAAACCUGUCUGGAUGUUGAACUUGAAACAUUUUAUGAGUACUGAUUACUGCAUCGAUGACUAUAUGUCCAAGUAUAAGAAUGUAUUGCUGAUGAAGAUUUUUAUGUAAUCUCUACUUGUAAAUAGCAAACCUGACAAAUAUACUGUAUACUGCAUAUGGUAUGUGAAGUUGGUGCUAUUGAGUGAUCCAUUUGUAAAGGAGAAUUGUAAACAGUUUAUUUAUACCUGUGUCAUGUAUCAGAAAAUGUACCUGUAUAUGUUUGUAAAUUCCACUACUAAAUUAAAAUGUACGGGGUGGAGUAGAUAUGUGUGUAAAGUUUUAUAAAGGAAAUAAUAAAAGCCUAAAGAAAAAUU